AGAAGAAUUAAAGAGUAGAUACAGUCUAGGAAGUAAAGAGAUGCAGACUGCUGUACAAGAGGAAGUCAAGAGGAAUGAGAGAGAAUAUCAUCAACAAAUGAAACAACAACAAGAGAAGAUUGAGGAGUUGAGCAGACAGUACAAUAGUUUAGAGGAUGAGUUUAGACAAGCACUACAGAUAGAAUCUAGCAGAUUCCAGCAGCUGAAGGUUGCGUUUGAGACAGUCAGUGAAGAGAAUGCUUCCAACAAAGCAGCAUUAUUUGCUGCACAGAAAAAAGAUGAAAAAUCCAGUGAAAUGAUCUCAGAACUUACCUCUUAUGUCAAGGAACAGAAAGGGAGAAUUUCAGAAUUGUCCAAGGCUAAACAAGAGCAAGGGUCACAGUAUCGGGAGAGAGUAAAUGUUUUAGAAGCCCAUGUUGAAGAAGCGAGGAAACGCAUGAUUCAAUUUGAACUUCUCAAGCAGGAUAAUGUGAAGCUGAAGUCUCAGGUACAUGGAAUGGAGUCUGUCAUUGAGGGAUUGAGAGCAGAAAGAAAACUUUGGGAGCAAGAAUUAGCUCAACAAGGAGCAUCACUUGCACAAGAUCGAGGCACUUUGGAUGCUAAGCUCGAGGCACAGAAGUCUGAAAUAGCAAUGCUUAAGAAACAGUUAGAGCGGGAGACAGAUGGCCUGAAAAUUAAAACAAAGAUGUUAGAAGAUCAGACUGAAACAAUUAGAAAAUUGAAAGAGGGUGUAGAGGAGAGGGAUGAAGAAAUAAAAAAGUGCAGACAAGAAAAUUUGAAAAUUCAGAAAAGUCUUGAAGAGCAAUUGGCUGAGGAAAGAACUAAUAACCAGGAUACUCAGGAUAUGCUAGAAAGGCUCCGGGACAGGAAGGAAGACCUCAAACAGCAGUUAUCAGAGGUGCACAGUGAGCUUGAUGAUUCUAAAAGAGCACACAGUGUGUUAAAUAGCAGAUGGAAAGAGAAAUCGCAGCUGAUUGGUCAGUUAGAACAGCAAGUGAGAGAAAUGAAAGAGAACUGGGAGAAAAAGGAACAGAAACUGUCCCAAGAAAGAGACAAGGCAUUGCAUGCUGCGAAUUUAGCAAUAGAUCGACUGAAAAGUGCUGAUGACUCAUUCCGGAAACAGUUAGAAGACAAAGUGCAGGCGUACCAGGAUAAAAUUGCACAGGUUGAACGGGAAAAACAGAUAGAAAUAGAUCAGGCCUACAUGAGGGUAGCCGAAGUUGAAGAAGAAAUGAGAGAGUUACUAAGUGAGAAUCAGUCGUCAAAGAAAGCAAUGGAAGACAAAAUGAAACGUUUAACACAGGCUAUGACAGACCUGCAAACAGACUUAUAUCAAUGAAAACAUUUUCAAAAAGGAUAUAGCAUUGUUACAUAUUUUUGUCACUUGUAUUCUCAAAACUGUGAUAAUUUAACUUAAAAAUUCCUUGUCUGUUUUAAACUUCUGUGCGAUAGCAUUCAUUGAAACGUUUUGUUUCAGUUAUGUACAAUAAACUCCAAAAAGGUUAUGAAUAUAUUUUUGACGAACUUAUUACUUACUGUUAUUACUUGUUCAUCACACUUUUGUUAUAAUCAUGUUUAAGUGUCUGUAUUGCUUAAUAUGAACUGAUCAGGGAUAUUGCCAUUACCUUUUUUAAGCCAGGUGAGCACAACUACUCAGAGGUGGCUUAUUGAUAACAUGUCAUAUGUUGUUCAUCUUUAUCUACAAUUUUAACAUCAUCUCCUCAACUACAUGGUAUAUUUUUACAAUAGUCAAUUAAAUGGUUUCAGUCUAAUGCACAAGUAGGUCAAAGAGCGAAGAAUGUGUUUGGAAAAUAAAACAGAUAUUUCCAAUCUGCAAGCAUAGCUAUUUGGUAUUUAAGAUCACAUUUAGACCUCUACAAAAGUUGAAUAUAUCAUUCACCAAUGGUCAUAAUUUGCCCCUCCUGUGUUACAGAGUUAACGUAGCCUUGUAUAUUAAAAAUACGUUUGAAUUUUAUUGACUGAAACCGAACGCCAUAGAGCAUAGGUUGUUGGCAUGUAGCAUUGCCUUAUGGUAUUAUUCCAAAUUUAUUAUAUCCACGCAAGUGUCACUAAACCCUGGAUGACAUCUGGUGUAGUAAGGAAUUUAUAACCUCUUGUAAAUAAUGUCAUGUGAGCGAUCUAAGGCCAUCGUGUUACUAUUGUGGUUUUGGUUUGGUCGCAAUGAUGCCUGAAAUGAGAAUCUUGUUCAGAACUGUAAAGUUUAAUAUAUUUUCUUUUUGUUUGAAACUUUAAGAAGACAUUAUUUAUUUGUUUUGUAUUUAUGUAGGCGAGUAUUUUUUGUAAAUGUGUGAUAUUGCUUAUGAAACAUAUUUGUACAAUAUGACAAAGAAUAAAUUUAUUAAAUAAAAAUAUAUAGCAAU